UCCUUCUCAGAUUUCGCUUCCGAUUGCCUCUCUUCCUUCCCUUUUCACCCAUUAGCCCAAAUUACUCAAGGCGGCAAGAGGACGCCCGUGAGCACGGCGGCCGACGGACGACGCUGCGGCGGUUUUAGGGUUUUGUCAGUUCUGUACGCUCCUAAAAGCUCUGUGAUCUCGCAAUGGGAAAAGCUAAGAAUCCAGUCAAAUUUGCCUCCAUGAAGAGGAUAGUCUCCCAAAAGGCUAUCAAGCAACAUAAAGAGGAAGUUUUGAACCCAAAAAAGAAAGAUUUGAGCAAAGAGAGGCUUCCGCGGAAUGUGCCUUAUGUUUCUUCUGCGCUUUUCUUCAAGUACAACACUGCAUUGGGACCCCCAUACAGAGUGUUGGUUGAUACCAACUUCAUCAAUUUCUCCAUUCAGAACAAGUUGGAUUUGGAGAAAGGAAUGUUGGACUGCUUGUAUGCCAAAUGCACUCCUUGUAUUACGGACUGUGUGAUGGCUGAGCUUGAGAAGUUAGGUCAAAAGUAUCGUGUUGCCCUCAGAAUUGCAAAGGACCCUCGAUUUGAAAGGCUUCCUUGUACUCAUAAAGGAACUUAUGCUGAUGACUGCCUUGUUGAAAGGGUUACUCAGCAUAAGUGCUAUAUUGUCGCAACAUGUGAUCGAGAUUUGAAGCGGAGGAUCCGCAAGAUCCCGGGUGUACCGAUCAUGUACAUCACACAACGCAAAUACUCUAUUGAACGGAUGCCUGAAGCAACAAUCGGCGGAGCUCCAAGAUCUUGAUGGGAAUGAUCAUUUGAGUCAAUCUAGCUAUGGACUGCUAUACAUGAAACAUGUUCCAGUGAAUUAUUUAGCUACAAUCUCUACCAAUUUGGUCUGGUCCUUAAUUGCAACACUAUAUAUGUUGUGCCAGCUGACUUUACAGUUUUGGUUCAUUUGUGUUUAUAAUUGGAUUGCUACAUUAUCAUGUUUCGGAGAUCAGAUUAUUUUGACUCGUGUGUUGGAUGGAGCACAAAGAAAUCUUCAAAAAUGUAAUAUUGAGGUCUCGUUUGGCAUCAGCUUUGGCGUUUUGA